AUGGGUUUAAAUAGCACUGCUGCUGUCCCACGGCCAGCACCGAUACCACGGCCCACGGCAGCGCUGCCUGGCACAGCAGAAGGGCACCCGGGCUGCACAGCAUGGGACCCAGGCCACACUAAGGGCACUUGGCCACAGCAGUACACACGCUGGCUCCAGGCACCCCGGACUGGGAGAACCAGCUGCACGGAGCUGGCGAGGAUGGACCCGGACUCCGCACAGCCUCUGCAGAGAGGUCCCGAGCUGCUGCGCAAGCCCUCAGCUGUGCUGCAGGCCUUCAAGAGACUUGGCAUCCCCAUCAUCGCCGCUGUGCUGAGCGUCGCCACCCUCGUCGCCAUCGCCUUCCUGAUCAAGGGGCUGGUGGAGCACUACUACUUCUUCUGCAGCAAAACCUUCAAGUUCAUCCCGCGGCAGCAGCUGUGCGACGAGCAGACCGACUGCUUCUGGGGCGAGGACGAGGAGCACUGCGUGCAGCGCACCCCGCUUGGCCCCUCUCUGGGAGUCCGGGUGUCCAAGGACGGAUCCACCCUGCAGGUGCUCAACCGGGAGACCGGAGUCUGGUUCUGGGCAUGUCAUGACAGCUUCAAUCUGACGCUGGCCAGUGCGGCCUGCAAGCAGCUGGGCUACAACAGCGUCCCCACUUUCCAGGCCGUGGACACGGUGGACGUGCGGGGCUUGCCCUUCCGAGAGGUUACGCUGAGCAACGGCAGCCUCCACGUGCAGGACACAAGCAGGCAGUGCCUCUCGGGCUCCCGCGUUUCGCUCACUUGCUCCGGGUGCGGUGAAAGCCUCCGGACCCCGCGCAUCCUUGGGGGGGAGCGGGCCAUGAUCGAGGCCUGGCCGUGGCAGGUCAGCUUGCAGUACCAGAGGGAGCACAUGUGCGGCGGCAGCAUCAUUGGCCCGCGCUGGGUCCUCACCGCGGCACAUUGCUUCAAGACCAACCCAUGGACGCAGAGCUGGCACGUGCAGGCCGGCUCCGAGCUGCUCUCCGAUGCCAACACCAACACUGCCCUGGUGGAAAAGGUCUUUGUCCCGGACGGCACCUCUGUGAUCCCCCAGGGAGACGACAUCGCCCUGGUCAAGCUGCAGACGCCCUUGCGCCUGUCAGGCGUGGUCAAGCCCGUGUGCCUGCCCUUCUUCGACGAGGACCUCAACCCGGGCACCCCAGUGUGGGUGACAGGCUGGGGCUACACGAGGAGGAACGGUAAACUCUCCUCCGUGCUGCAGCAGGCAGAGAUCCAGGUGAUCUCCCAGAGCGUCUGCAAUGCCGUCAGCGCCUACCAGGGUGAGAUCACGGAGAAGAUGCUCUGCGCCGGCCUGCUGCAAGGCGGUGUCGACGCCUGCCAGGUGGGUGCUUCUCCCACCUCGCCAGGGUGCCCUCUGCACGCGGGGCAGCUCAGCUCACGCUGGCCUCUGUCUCUCCAGGGGGACAGCGGUGGCCCCUUGCUGUACGAGCAGCAGCGCUGGCACGUGGUGGGGAUUGUCAGCUGGGGCCAAGGCUGCGGCGAGGCGAGCACCCCUGGUGUCUACACCAAAGUGAAGGCCUACCUCGACUGGAUCCACACCGUGCAAAGGGUCAGCCUCCCUGCCUCGCCAGCCUGGCACCGCUCCAGGGCUCCCGGCGGCACAGUGCAGGGCCCCGCGUCUGUCCUCUGCCGGGGUGCAAGGGGAGCUGGGGCUGCCUGCGCCUGCUCCCUGCGCGGCCGAGGCCACCUGGGCCCGGGGCAGGAGCACCACGGCCGUGCUGGCCCAUGGCGGGGACACCAGCUAGGGGCCUCUCCAGAGCAGCGGGGCUGGUGCAAGCAGGCUUGGGUUUUGCCAGGGGAAGCAGUGCCUCCCGCACCGGGGCUGCCGGGCACAGGAAGGCGCGUUGGCCAGGAGCAGUCUGGGCGGGGGCCGGCUGUGUGGGGGCACUGGCCUUGCUCCUGCUCUGCUGCUGCUGCCAGUUUUAGUCUGAUUCCUCGUCUCUCUCUCCCGCCCAGUCCGAGCAGUGAGGUGCCCGGGUGCAGGUCUGCUCCCCUUCCCUGCACCUCCCUUCCCUGUCUGACUGCUGCGCACAAGCUGCUGGGAGCCUGGCCUCUGCCCUCCACCCUGAUCCCUGUCCCAAAGGCCCAGCGGCCCUGCUCAGCGCUGCCGGAGGAUGCGGGAGGAGAGCCAAGGCAGCCAGGAGCAGCAGCACCCUCCUACUUACCUUGCUCGGGCUCCUCCUGGGAGAGGACGAGGUCCACCCUCUUCGCAGAGCCGCUGCGUUGGGAAGCUCCUGUCCCUGCUGCCCCGGCAGCCGGAGGGAACAAGCAGCAUGUUCACCCUGUGCAACGCUCCAUUAAACCCCGUUCCUGUUCCCAGGGCACCCUUGCAAAGGACCGACCUCUCCUCUCCGCAGAGAUGGGCUCGACCCCACUCUGGGCCCCACAGCAGACACAAGGGCCAGCCUGAGCUGAGGCCACUGCUGGACGUGGGGCAUUGCCCAUCUCCGACAGGCAGCAGCCCCGGUCUGCGGCCGAGGGAACACGAGGCGUUCUGCUCCCCCUGCAAGACCCUGCGUCCCGCAAUCAGGCUGUGGGGCCUGGCAGGGCAUUCGGGAUCGCUGUGCCAUGUUCUGGCGGGUGGUGCUUGGCUCUCGGGUGCAGGGCAGCUCUGGGUUAUGAGAAAGAGAGGUUUGCUAAAAGGAUCGUGAUGAUCACAGGACUGAUCACUGAGCGAUCACAGCGCAUGUAAUGUCAGCGCUUAGAGACCCCAGGGCUUAUUCUGUACUACACAGCGCUGCAGCUCCACGCAGCAGCCCCCAGCGCCAGCAUGAGGCCGGCUUGUUCCAGGGGUCUGGGCACAGGCCUGGGUCCCAGGAGCUCCUCAUGGCUGGGCCUCGACGCUGGCUGUUUGCCGCGGCCCCCUCAGUCAGGGCAGCAGGACGACAGAGCUGGGGGCUCCUGGCAGUGCCAGUCCGUGCCCAGUCUGGCAGCACCAUGGGCUGUGGCCUGCAGUGGUUUAGUGCAUCAUGAGCCCUUCUGUCUGCACACUGCUGCAGCUCCCACGUGCUCAGCAUCAUCCCUGCCCUGAGCAACCAGUGCAGUGCCUCAGUUUCCCCCAUACUGAAAUGGGGACGCUCCCUGCCUCAGUGGGGCUGUCUAGGAUGAACCUGCUGGUGAUAUGAUAUGCUUGGGUGGAAGGAGCUUGGGAAGCACCGCACUUCACUAUAGCCAGCAAAUCCCCAUGGUCUGCUCAGGCUGCACGGGUGCUGGGCAGAGCGAUGCACCGGGGUGGUCUCACAGGGCCGGGGCAGGGCAGGGCAGGGCAGGGCCUCGCACCUGUCUGCAAGUCUUGCACGUGGUUAUGGCACUGUGCGCGCAGAGCACGUCCAGUCUGGGGGCGGCAGUAUCACGGCCCCCCUGGAUCUGGACAGGGAUGCAUUGCCUUCCACACAGCGUCCUGCCAGUGCUCUCCCUGCCCCGCCGGAUGCACGGGCUCCCCUUGCCCCGGGCCCGUCGCGCGUGCGGUCCAGGCUUCCACACACCAAGCUCGUGCCAGUGCUUCUCCCCGCUGCACGGUGCCCCUCGGCCCUCUGCACAGCUGCCCCCUGCAACGGUGAGGCCAAGGCGCUCGGAGGGGAACAGCUGAGCAGGGAGCUGCUGAGAAAGGAGAGAUCCCGCCACAGACACUUUCUAGGAAGGAGAAAGAGGAACAAUGGCGCCCUGUUGAAGGUGCUUUCUGUUGAGACCCGUGCCGGUGGUCUCCAGCGCGGACACCACCCCCAGCGAGGAGCUGCGAGUCCGUUGCAACAAGCCCAGUUUUCCCAUCCGGGAUCGCCCCUGCCGUGCGAAGCCCAGGCGCAGGGGCGGCUCUCGGGAACAAAGAUGCAUUGUGCGCCCGCGACCAAGUAAACAAGAACACUCCCCUGGACCGCGACCAGGAGGCCAGCCGAGUCGAGCGGGGGAGCGGCAGCUUGAACAGUUCUCAAAGACAGGAUUUAAACCAAAAAGAAAAGAAAAAGAAGAAACGAUCUGCUCUGCAACACGGCUGGCAUGUGAUACGGCUAGGAGCCAGGCCUGUUUCCCUUCACCUGUGCUGAACCUGACAGCAAGGGCUCCUAGCAUUGUGAUCAGCCCUGUGCGAAUAACUCCGUGUCCUCCUCCAGGCCCCGGCUGAGGACCACCAGCACUGCGCCCUCCUAACUAUGGCUUACAAAGCCCUUGCAGAGCUGUUGGCAUCAUCCUGUUUUGCAGGCGGAGGUGGGCCGCGCCGUAGGUCCCCGAGGGGGCGGCGAGGGCAGUUGCCAAGCCAGGAAGGCUCCGACCCCAACAGAAAACAAGGGGCUGCUGGGCAGCAAUCUCACCAGGACUGCUGAGUGGCCACGCGUCGUAGGCUGGGAGAAGCCGUGUCCUCGAGGUCCCUCAGGUGCACGUGUGCUCGCGCUCAGCCGUGCAGGAGGCCGAAGCCAACAGGAGCAGACGCCAGCAAGAGCCCAGGCAGAACAUCUCUACUAAAUGUCAACUUUUAUUUCAUUCAAGGCAAAGCUAAAUAAAACUCUACAGUGCAAAACGUGUUUUAAAGGCAACACACAGGAUGUCCGGAGACACCCCGUGUCUGUUUACAGUAUAUCCUAUAUGUAAAACCAGUACACCCGACGCACGCCCGGACGUACAGGUCUCUGUGCACGUAUGGACAGUGGGCACCACAUAGCUCAGGAGUUUGUGCCAAGGGAGCGUCCUAAGCAUGCCCGCUGCCAGGCUGCACGCGCCCGCACACCGUCGCAGACCGAGAGUUGCGGGUCAAGAACUGAUUGCGUUAAGUUUUCUGUCAAGCCAGGGGAAGAGUCCAUGCAUAGUACAGCGUUGCAUAUCAUGUGGGAAGUGGGACGAUGUCCUGAUCCUGAUUCUAAAAAAGACUGACAGGUUAUGGCCACUAAAAAUAGUUCUUUUAAAAAAACCUUUCCCUCCCCCAACUGCGCUCUCCCGGGAGAGCUCUUCUUCAGGGAGGGGCCGGGGCUGGUGGGCUAGCUGGGAGAUUGUAUGCCUUUCCUGCUAACAUCGCAUGAGUGACAAUGGUA